AUGGACGGUCAGACCAGCAACACCCGUCAGCCCACAUCCAGCAGUUCUUCCAGGAGGAGAAGACGAAGCAGGGGUAAGCCGACAUGGCUGGGCUGGACCUUCGAUAAAGCAUUGAAGGUCUUCGUGUGGUAUGCCCUCAUCACCGUCCUGUUCAGAUGUCCCAGCGAGCAGAAGGACAUCAAAGAAGGCACGCCCGCGUUGUGCAAGCCAUACCUGCAGACGCGUGACCACGUGACUCCCUACGCGAAACCGUACUACGACGACUACGUGGCGCCACAACUACAGAAGGUGCAACCCUACAUCGACCAAGUCAACACGCGUGUCGUUGAUCCAGGUGUGAAGGCGUACAGGCAGCAUGGCGCACCGAUCGUGACUCGGGCGCAGAAACAGGCGGUCGUGCAAUGGCAGAAGACGAUCAAGCCGCAGCUCGAGGUCGCGAGACAGCAGGCCGGCAAGCAGUAUGACAUAUAUCUCAGCCCGCACGUGAAGAGGGUGCAGGAUGUGGUUCAACCCUACUACGACUCAGUCAGAACGUCUGCCACAGACAUCUGGGAGCUGGAGGUGGAACCGGUGUACCGUAACACGGCACCCUACGCGCAGAAGCUUCUCACCCAGGGCCAGGCUUUCGCCGUCAAGACUCUCCUCCCACAAGCACGAUAUGCGGGUACGGCGGCGUGGGCGUUCGGAGCGAAACAAAUCUGGCCGCGCAUGCAGGUCCUCUAUGGCGAAAACAUCGAGCCGCAACUCUUGCGCAUCCGUGAGCGGCUGGGCAGAUACAGAGACGAGAAGCGCCUGCAAGCCGAAGUGAAGAGUAUGGACGUCGUCACCGAAGCCCCCGUCUCUGCAGUCAAAGACGCCACCUCAUCCGCCUCAUCCGCCGCCAGCAGCCUAACUCCAACCGAGCACUUCCACGAGGACCUGCAAGCCUGGGAACGCGCCUGCUCCAAAGCUGUCGAAGAAGGCGCCGAGCACCUCCGCACCCACCUCGCGGAAAUCGCUUCCCACCAGACCGCCACCCAAGCCAACACGACCGGCCACGCACUCCUAACUCAACUCGAAGACACCGUCUCCGGCACGCUAAACAGCGUCAAAGCGCGCAUCUUGUCAAUCGUAGCCUCCCUUCCCGAAGACGCGGAGCAAGUCCACAUCGACGAGGCGAAAGACAGUCUCAAAACCGCUAUCCGCAACGCGGGCCAAAACGUCAAGUCUGCCGCCCAAGCCAUCCGCGACUGGAAGGCCCAAACCAACGCGGAAACCGACGACCUAGUCACCAAAGCCCUGCAAUCUACCCUCGAAACCAUCGACUCCAUCCGCGAGAUCCGCCUCGCGGAAAUCGGACGCAAGUACGCUGACGCGGGUCUGCCGCAUAAAGAGUGGAGUGCGUAUAACGAGUUGAAGAAGUCUACGAAGCUUUGGAGGGAUGAUGUGGAGAACGUCGUUGAUGCUAGUACGGAGCUUAAGGGGUUGAAGGAGGCGGUGGAUGAGGUGGAGGGGAAGGGGAUGAGUGUUGCGGAGGAGUGUGCGCGGGAGUUGGGCCGGUUGAAGGAGGUCGGGGGGUGGAAGAUCGAGGCUGGUGAUGGAGAGGAUAAUUUCAGUAGUAAGCAGAUGCCGCCGGCGGCGGAGAGGGCGAGGAAGAAGGUGGUCGAUACCGCCUCCGACGCCUCGGAAGCUGUCUUGGGGAGUAAGCGGCCGGAGGAGGGGAGUUUCGAGAGUGUCACUUCGGCCGCCGCGGGUCAAGCGAGCAGCUUGUCCUCGAGUGCGUCGGAGGCGGUGUAUGGAUCUACGGGUACGGUGGAGAGUUUGACGAACAAAGCUAAGGAGAGUGCGAGCAGUCUGGCGGAUGGCGC